GCGUUCUCAUUUAUUACAGGUGAACAAUGCAGGAAUCAGCAUGAGGAAGACUCUUGAAAACUCCACUGUAGAGGACUACAACCUCGUCUGGCAAACUAAUUUUCGGGGUCCUCUCUGGAUGAUAAAAUACACUGUUCCCUACUUACGGCGAACGAAAGGCAGCAUUGUCAACGUUUCAAGCAUAGCAUCGACAAUUGCGGUUAACGUCGCAACACCUUACUGCGUGACGAAAGCCGCGCUGGAUCACCUGUCCCGAUGCGCAGCACUGGAGAAUGCGCCGUUUGGGGUGCGCGUCAACACCGUCAAGAUCUACGCACAGAAUGCAACGAGCAAACCUCGCUGGUCAUGGAACAUUGUUAACGCCCAGCGGUCAUCAAGACCCCCAUGGGAAAACAGCCUGGGGCCACUUUGGAAGACCAUAUGCGGAUGCUGGAGCUGACGGGUACCGCACACGCCUUGGGCAGGCCAGGCACCGCCGACGAGGUUGCCCGUUGCAUCGCAUUCCUGGCCUCGGAUGACGCCUCCUUCGUCACUGGAAUUACAAUGCCCGUCGAUGGUGGCUUGCAGCUGUUCUCGACCCUCAACCGUCGCAAUCUCUGAAGGGAUACCUAAAGGGCAACGUGAUAGCAAGUCAUGACACAUAAGCGGCGUUGGACAGUGAUGCACAAGGGAAGAAAAAAAGGAUUGGGAUUGCACUGGCGCCUGAUAUGAACACAUAUUCAUCAAGAAUCAUUAAGGACCAUAUGCAUAUAUGCUUAUACACUAAUAAAUAUGUUUUGGCUGCACACAA